AUGUCGUACCGACACUUUCUGAAGUCACUGGGGCUUCAAAUUCCGAUCAUUCAGGCUCCUAUGGCAGGGAUUUGCGACGCAAAAUUGGUGGCAGCCGUAUGCAAUAAUGGUGCUCUUGCUUCAUUGCCCAUAUCUCAUAUAGACUUCACAUCAUCAAAUGGAAUUGGCGAGCUUAGAAGCCUUAUCAGUGAAGUGAACGGUUUAAUCGAUAACAAGGCAUAUGAACGCAAUAUCAACUUAAACUUCUUUUGCCACGACGUUGUAAUCGACGUCCCUGCUGAAGAAAAAGAGAAUUGGUACAAUCUAUAUGAGCGUGUCUCCUCGGUAAAGAUUCCCCGAGGCGAUUCUUUGUUUAACAAGCGAGGUGUAUCUUUCAAAGAUUUUGAGAAUGGAAAACCCUUUGAUGACUUGUUAUCAUUUUUCAAACACGAGUUCACUCCCAAAGUACUAAGCUUCCAUUUUGGGUACCCGCAAAGUACUUCAAUAAAGGCUUUCCAAGACUUAGGCAUAAAGGUUUUUGUGACUGCCACGUCUGCGGAGGAAUUUCGGCUUUUAAAUGAACUAGGGGUCGAUGGAAUUAUUUGCCAGGGCUACGAAGCCGGUGGUCACAGGGGGAAUUUUUUACAACCAGAAUUAUUCGAUGAGAAACUAUCAACAGCUUGCUUGAUCAAGCGCACAAUUCCGCUCGUAAAUAUGGACGAGAAAAACUGUACAUUUGUAAUUCCAGCAGGUGGUUUGAAUUCCCCCGAGGACGUCAAGUAUAUGUUAAAUCUAGGAGUUUCGGCAGUUCAAGUUGGAACUGCCUUCCUUACCACUGCGGAGUGUAAAGUUGCGUCCAAGUUUAAUCGGAUUUUGAGUAGUGUAGACAUUCCAGAACCGACUAUUAUGACCAACCUGGUCUCAGGGAAGCACGCUAGAGCAAUCUCUUCGCCAUUUUUACGAAGAUUGACCGAUGUUUAUCACGAUGAAGCACUCCCGGAUUACUCGUACAUGUAUGGUGCCUUCAAGUCAAUGAAAGAAAAGUAUCCGAAAGAGUUGCAAUUCGUGCUUGCAGGGCAAAAUUACGGUUCUAUUAAGACGAAUUUGACUGUUGGGCAAUUGCUGGACAAUUUUGCCCGGGGUCUAUGA